AAUCAUUUUUUGCUCUUUACUCCGUAAAUCCCCCUUCUCUCCCCCCCUCUUUUUGUUGAGCAUAACGAGCCAUGACCGAGCAACAUGCUAUUUGCUCGGGUCCCACAGAUGACGCCAAAAUGAUGGUAUAAAUUAUCUCAACCGAUGUCUUCUCCUGAUAGUCAGGAUAUUUCCGCCUCAGAUGCCCGCGCAUCUGAGGAAUCUCUUUCUUCCUCUUCAUCGACCGGGUCAUCCUCACCAGCUCUUGGUCCCUGGUCGAUUCCCAACCCCAAUGUUCCAGACCCGCGGCCAGUAAAUCAGAUGCCCGGUCAGAUCUUUCAAGAGGGGGGUGAACCGGUCGAAGACGAGCCGGCCCCCUAUGACCCUGAUAACGAAUCAUAUGAGGCAUGGGUGGACCGGUUGGAAACGGCCGGUUACUUUCCUCUUCCUACCAGUUACCCUUCAGACAUCUACCCCCACGUUUCCAAGAUCGCCCAGAAUAAGGCCCGAAGGAACCUCCCGGAGGGGUAUGUCCUUGAAUACGACCCCAACUGGCCCAACAUCAUCGAGCCUCACCGGGAUGAUAGGGUAGGGUUCCAUAUCAUCUCCUUGGAGAGUGGCACUGUCUUCCCCCUUUGCCCCCUCCUGGUCGAGUUGUGCCACUGUUUCAAGAUCGUCCCCGGGCAAAUUACGCCCAAUGCCCACCGUUUCCUUAAUGCCUUUGUAAAUAUCUGCAUCCAUCUCAAAAUCGACCCUUCCCUUCGUUUUUUCCUCUACUUGUUUGAAGUUCUUCCCGGUAAGUCGGGUUGCGACGGCUAUGUCUAUUUCAAAGGCCGUAACGGUCGCCAAUUCAUUUCUGACCUUCCACAAAGCAACCGGCAGUGGAAGGAAAAAUUCGUUUUCAUAAAAUUUCCUACGGUUUCUCCUUUGGCCGGCUUACCAUGGAAUGACCACAUCCUGAAGCCGCAAUUUACCGAGCCGGCCACCGCCCCAGACUUGGAAGAGAGUUUAGAGAAGCUUCUCCGAAGGGACCCGUUCACCGGGCAAAUGUUUCAUUACGGGGCUUGGAUCUGGCGGAUCCAACCGGGUGGCCAGGGUACCCCUAUGGCUCAUGAAGCAGCGGGGCACGGGGUACCCGCCCCGGGCAACACUGUAGAGGCCGGGGGCCCCAGCCACCCAGACAUGAAUUUCAGGGCGUUCAACAUGCCGAAGACAACCGGUGGUUCUUCUUCCUCUGCCCCCAAAACUGUCCCGGUCCAGAAGGAGACAGUUGAAGUUCAUUCCGAGGAGGAAGCCCCUCUGACCGGGGGAGGUGCCCAGACCGGCAAGGCACCGGUGAAUCCCUCCCCCAACAAGGUAAAAGGGAAAAAGAGAGUGAAGCAUGCGGCCACCACCCAUCCAUCGGUCAAGAAGAGAAGGGGAGAAAACCCCCCGGCGGAAGAGUCGCUGGAAGAGCUCUGGGUCAAAUUGACCCUUAAAUUGAAAGAGGUAACACUUAUCCGGUAUGCUCUCUUGAAUUUGUCACUCGAUCAUUGUACUAACCGGUACACUUUCCAAUAUGUAGAUGGGCGAAGUUAGGCUCGACACCCUGGAGCAACUCACCGA